GGGAGGGAGGAACUGUCAAGAAGCAACUGCAGUGACUGAGAACCAAAAAGAAGAGAGUGCUCUGGACGGUCUCAAGCAAAUGGAACUUAAAAGUUUAGCAGCAUGUGCUGGAAAUCAAAGUGUCUCUUUAUUAGCCCUUGUGCUACUGGGCAGGAGGAAUUCUGGGAAGACGUCAGCAGGGAAUACCAUUCUUGGAAGGAUGGAGUUUGAGACUAGAGUGAAGACCAGACAGAGUGUGAAGAAACACAGCUGGGUGGACGGAGUGAGAGUGGCCGUGGUGGACACCCCUGGCUGGAGUGCGUUUGGUUUAGCCAACACAAAGCAGGUGAGGCAGGAGGUCCUCCGCAGUGAGAUGUUUAGCUCUGUUGGUCAUCGGGUCUUCCUCCUGGUCAUCCCCGUGGAUGCGUUCAGCAGUAGAGACCGUCAGGCUGUGGAGGAAAACCUAAGCGUCCUGGGAUUCGAUGUGUGGAAGCACACUAUGGUGCUCUUCACUUGGGGUGAUGAGCUGAGAGGAAAAAACAUUGAAGAACACAUUAAGAAAAGUGGUAAGCAUCUCCAGAAGAUCCUGGAGAUGUGUGGCUACAGAUACCAUGUCAUAAACAAUAAAGCAACAGACAACUACUCUCAGGUCAGUCUGCUGAUUCAGGCUGUGAAACAAAUGUGCUGAAGUGAUGAAACGGAGAGGGGUCAACAUAAGAAGCAUGUUUAUUCUUAACAGAAGGAAGUGCUGCGGUCUGGAUCACUUUGCACAAGACUGCUUUAUUCUCAUCUAUUCUUUAUUUGCACGUGAUUUGUACUGUUUGUGUAUGUCUUUUUCUUUAUUUUAGCUUUAUUAUGAGGUGUAAAAUAUUUAUUUGUAAGAAACUAGACUUGUACUUUUUAUUUAAAUGAAAUAUAUCAAUAUUUUCCAAAUAUAUCAUGGCACCAGGGUAUGUUAGCUUUAAAGCAGCACUAUGUAAGUUUUGAAAAAAAUGAACAGUACUGAAUGAGGAAAAAAACACGCUGAAAAUAUGGUCUAUGUACAUUACUGCAAGUCGAGCUUUGUAAAGCCUGAAUUAAUCAUUUAAAAGUCAAAGGUUUCAUGUCAGAUUUUUUGGAAGUUUUUCUGACCAGGUCACACAUCUCUAUUAGCGUCAAAUGCACAGUUGAUGUUUAGGUCUCAAAUGCAAAAUCAACAUUACGCUGAUGAAGAUAUGAUAAUAGUACUACAUAAUUCACCUACAUCCUCAGAAGACACUCCCUCCAUUAGUGCAUAAAGAAUGAAUGAAUGAAUAAAUAAAUAAAUAAAUAAAUAAAUAAAGCCUAAAAUGACCAGGGACAUAAACUAACAGAGUUAAAAGGAGCAAUUUGUAAGAUGAAGCAACCUGUCGAAUUCAUACUUCACACAGUCCCUCCUCCUCC